UGAUUACCAGAGAUAAUAGAUUUAAACGUUCGAAAAGAAAACGUAAAUCACUAUGUUUCCCAAGCGAAGCCUAAUGAAAGCGUUAAGAUUGUUCAUAGUCUGGAGUUUUGAGAUAGCGUUUGUGCUAGUACUUUUAUAUUACAUAAAUGCUAAAAUGGUAACAAGAAAGGAAUACGAAUUUAAUGACGAUCCGCCCCUUAAAGACGGCGCCUACCCUCAGUCAGAAUCAGGACCUCAGUUUAGUAUUCACGAACCGGAACAAAAAGAAGAGAAUGUUAAGUACAUGAACAAUGAUGUUGAUGAAUCUGUAGAACAGUCAAUACAAAACGGGGAAAAUCUGGACACAAUUGAAUCUGUGAAUAGAGACAAUUUAGAGGCUUUCAAAUCAGAUGAGUUUCCGGACAUCCAGAAUGGUGCCAAUCCUGCAGAUGAAAACUCCUACAAUAUUCAAAAUAAUGGAUUUGGUUUAGAAGCAGAGCUUAAUCCAAUGGGGCUAGAAGAGGAAAUACCAACAACAACAGCAGUUCCAAUGACGAAAUCGAAAAACUUUGUUGUACUCGCUAAUGGCAGAUCAGGGACCCAUUUCUUAAUGCAUCUUAUGAACAAUCACCCAAUGGUAAAGACAUACGGAGAAUUGUUACAAACAGAGACGAUACUAGGGCCAUUGGGAUUAUUGGGACGAGGAAGAAAGCCCAUUUUGGAUUACUUAACGGAAGCUUUCUGCAAGGACAAAAGACCGUGUCUCCUCAAUAAUAUGAUAGGCUUCAUUUGGCUCAACUGGCAGGUGACAAAACUAGGUAAAGUGCUUGUAAUUGAUGAUUUAUUGAGGUUCCUUCACAGUCCUCGUGUUAUCAUCUUACACAGACGACAUACAAUCGAGUCAUUUGUGUCUUUACGGAUCGCACAAGAAACCGGCGUCAUCAAUUCAGGAUCAGUGAACAACGCGAGCUCUGUUUAUAUUGACUGGACAAAGUUUGUGAAAUACGUCACUGGUAAACGCUUGGAAUGGCAGAGAAGCAUGAACGCUUUAUACUCUUACCCAUUCAAGAUGUUUGUCACAUAUGAAGAACUAGUAGAAAAUAAGGAAGAAACUAUGGCAAAGGUGUUCUCAUUUAUGGGUCUUCCUGCAAUAGACGCGUCUACUUUAACUACUAGUAUAGUGAAACUAAACCCUAGACCGUUAAAAGAAAAGGUUUCUAACUGGGACGAAAUUGAAGUGCAACUUCAGAAUGCACCAAAGAAAUUAGUAGACCUUGAUCUCAAAAAUGAGAACCCAGCGAAAAUUAUGAUGGAUCCUAAUGAGUUAUAGUUGAGUUAGGUAUACACGUGUCGUGUUGAAAUAGGACCUAAUAACAUUGAAUACAUGUAUAAAGAUAGUAGAAAUAAGGAUCGCUCCAACACUCAGAGAUACUUUGUCAUUAAUCUCAUUUAUUUAAACGAAAGAAGUGAAUUCUAUGAAUAUGAAAAAUUUAGAAAUAUGAACAAUUAAAAGACAUCUUCAAUCAAGUCUUAUCAAGAUUGAUAAUAAAUGUGAGGCACAACAUACCUAAAAUUAUCACACCUACUUGUAACUACGUUGUAGUCCAAGGUUCUAUUUUAGAUCCUGUUAUAUUCAUGAGGUUAUUUAAAAUGGUUUAUUCUUAAAGCAAUAAAUUGAUAAUAAAUAAUGG